GCCGGCCGCUCAAUGCGUCAUUACUUAUAAUAACAAUAAACAUACAAUUUAUUUGGUUAAGUAAAAAGUGUUAUAGAUAUAUUUUUAGAUAGCUUUCGGAUAGUGAUGAAGUUUGCGGUACUUGCGCUCUGCGCGCUAGGCGCAGUGAGUGGGACAGAGAAAACAGAGACAAACAACAGGCACCGGCGAGCCUCGGGAACGGAGCUAUUCCUUAGCAUCGUUGGAGAACGACCAAGCGGCAAGAAUCAGAUCAAAUCGUCUCUCCUUCCAGUGCAGCUGCCGAUCCAACUGGGAGGCCAUGGAGGAGUGACUCUACCAAUUCUGGUGCUUCCUGUGCCAGUGUACACCAAUAAUCCAGAUUCCUGCAGCGCCAACCACGGCUCAACGGCUACAUCAACACAGACUCUACCAAAAAUACCAAUCGUACAAAUCCGUCAACAACUCGAAGAAGCUCUAAACCAGCCUGAAACAGUCCAGGAAUCUCAAGAACCAAUCCCUGUACAACCAACUGAAAACACCAACGCACAAAAAGAAGAGAAUACAGUAACCACUCAUCAUCAGCAACAUAAAAGCAACACACAUCAUGAAGUCCAGAGUAAUGUUGCCACACAAUUGAUUCAAAAUCAACAUGAAAGCAACACACAUCAAGUCCAAACCAAUCCAGUAGCCACACAAUUGUUCCAAAAUCAACAUGUAAUCAACACAAAUCAAGAAGCGAUUCAAAUAAAUGAACUACUUCAAGAUAAUGAACCAAAGCAACCUCAACCUGUGAAGACUUCAGCUUAUGCUUCAGCUAAAGUGGUGAUUCCCACUCCAGCUAAUGUGGUUAUACCUAAUGUUCCUCAUAAGGAGAGUUUGAAUUUGAACCUUGGAACGAACAAUAGGGUCAGUUUUAAUGUGGAGCCUCAAGUGCAGGAACCAGUGAGCUUUGAACAGGACACAGCGGAGAUAAUUCCGUUCUCUGAUGGAUCACCGAUUUUUGAAACCUCGGAGCAGAUGAUCCAGAGCUUCCUCCGCCAAAGUCCAGUGGAUCCCCAGGACCCUGCAGUCAUCCCAGACCUGGACCUCCCCGCGCGUCUGCCAGUCACAGCACCUUCAUCUUCCUACGGCGUGCCAAUCACAGCAGCAGCACCAACUAGGCCGGACUUCAACCGAUCUCUACACCUGCGUGUGGAUCUGACUGUACCGAGCUCUAGCUACACUGAAGCUUAUGACAUUCAAUGGCACGCGGAGUCAAACACAGCGAAGACCGUGGUAGAAGAUGGCAGCACUAUCAUCUAUCGCGCACCGUUGGCUGAUGGCCGCAUCCAGUUCCUUGAGAUCCAACGCGAGCUCACGAACAGACAGGAGGUGCGGCGCUGCACUCUGUCCCCGCUGAUGCAGGCUACUCGCGAAGACAUCGCCUUCCCUGGACUGCCAGCAUUCGACCAGUUUGAAUUUGUCGGUUACACGACCGUCGAAGGCCGGUCUCUAGUGGAGCGCUGGCGGCGUAUAGUCAAGAAUGAACCGGGAGAAGCAGGCGCGGUGCAAGGGGAAUCUCUAACCGUCACUCAUGAGAUGUUCAUUGUCAGAGACAAGGGACUAGCGGUGCCACUAAGAUACUCCGUAGUCACAGACAGCUCAGUCCUCGGGCCCAGCAGCGACAGCUACACCCACCGCUACAUCUUGCUCGACGGUCCAACCUCCCCGGUCCUCCCCGACACCUCCAGAGACUGCGACACGUUUGAGGAGUACCCGGUGGAGCAUAGUCUCCAGAAGAGGGCCAUUGGGUUUGCGUCGAGGGUGCUGGCUAAGUUUGACCCGAUCAGAGAAUUCGCUGGGGCGACCAGGGAUCUUCGAUAUGACUCCAUCUUGGAUGACUUCAAAACGCAGUUUAAACGCAAAUACCUCGACCCAGCCGAAGAAGCCGUCCGCAAAACCCUACUUAUCAAAUCCUCCCGUUUCAUCGAGGCCGGCAACCGCCUGUCAUCGGGAUUCAAAAUGGCGGCCAACUUCAUGGCGGACAGACUUGACGACGAGAUCAACCAGUUGUUGGGCGUGGAGGCGCCGCCAGAGGGCACUAGCGAGCGCAGUCUCGUGCCCUUCCCGUAUUCCGAGAGUGAAGUUAGGAGCAUUCCGCUGGAAGACGAGUUCGAUUGGAGACCGCUCGGGGCUGUUUCGCCUGUGAGAUUCCAAGAGACGACGUGCUCAUCAUGCUGGGCCUUUGCCGUGGCGGGCUCAACAGAGGGCGCGCUCUUCAAGAAGACCAACAAACUGGUACCGCUCAGUCCUCAGUGCCUCGUGGACUGCGGCAAACCGUUCGGCACUAACGGCUGCAACGGGACAUGGCCCAGCUUCGCUUACGACUAUGUGAAGGCGCGUGGACUACCCGCGUGGGACGAGUACACCAACUACCAGGCUAAGGUGUUGCAGUGCAAGGAUCAAUCCGUUCCGCCGGUCACGCAUAUCAGCGGACACGUCAACGUCACCGCCUUCAGCGAGGAGGCCCUCAAGGUGGCGAUCAAGAAUCAUGCGCCGUCAGUCGUCAUAGUCGACGCAAAGGCACAGAGCUUCAUCUACUACAAGUCUGGAGUGCUGAAGGACAAACGCUGCGGUCAAAACAAACCACGCCUCAACCACGCCGUCCUCGCCGUGGGCUGGGGCUCCAAAGACACCCCCCACUUCAUCAUAAAGAACACCUGGAGUGAAAAAUGGGGAGAAAACGGGUUUAUCCGCAUCUCGCCGGACUCCUGCGCGGUGCUAGAGCGCCCGUCGUACUCUUUAGUCGAGGAACCGAACAUUGACAGAGCGGAGUUGAGAGCGGCCGCUGCUAGUCUUAAAGCUUAGGUUUAUGCCAAAUCCACCAUUUUGUGUCCUUCUGAUUUCUGAAUCUCAAAUAGGGUAGCAGAAGACGUGUAAAAUGUAAUGAGUCAUUUAUGGAGAGACGUCUGGGAUCUAGGAGGAUAUUUAAAUAAAGUACUGUUUAAGUAGA